AUGGACAAUUUCUGCUUUUACACGUUUGGUGUGAUCACCUUCUUCAACCAAGAGAUGCUGUUUAUAGCAUCGCAGGAUAUUCUCAGCGGACGGAAUCUACCCUCAGCUACAAUUCUGGUCUGUUAUGUAACACCUUUGAUGACCACGAAAAUUAUCGCGCCGUGGUUUGUAGAGAGGAUUUCGUACUUAUUAAAAGUGUUCUCCAUAGUCCUUUGUAUGACGCUUGGAAUGGCUCUGGUUGUUUUCAUGGAAGACAUACGACUUAAACUUGUGGGAAUUGCUUUAAACGCGAUGGCAACUGGAAUUUCUGAAGUGGUAUUCCUUGCUUUAGCUUCGUUUUAUCCUCAGAUUUCCAUCAGUUCGUUCGUCGCUGGCACUGGUACGGCUGCGUUGAUCUCUCCACUUUACUACACGAUGUUGGAAAUAGCGCAACUGAUUUUCUUCUUGUUCCAAUCAUGGUACCAUUUUGUCUCGUUUAUUUGGAUAAUAGUCUGUCUUUGUUUCACUCUUGGUUUGGUCGACGGCAUGAUAGCUGUGCACUCACCUCAUGCCGUUGCGCGGUACGUUGAGCCCGAGGAGAAAGAGUUUGCCCUGGGACUGAUAACAGCCGGUAACUCUGUGGGCGCAUUUGCGGGAGGAUUGGUUGGGUUGACUGUGGAAUCAUAUCUCAUGGAGCAUUGCGUGAAGCAGUUCUCAAAAAGCAAAAAGUUCUGUUUUACCAGGCAUAAGAAUAUUUCCGGUUGGGAAAGAAAUAUUCACUGUUCUAAGUGA